AAGGGAAGGGAAGGGAAGGAAAAAAAGAGGCAUCAUCAACACCGCGGAGAAGUCCCUGGCAAGAGCCGAGAGCCGCCCCCUCCCCUCCCGCCUGGCUGCGCUGCGCUUUGCUGCGCGGCGGCCGCGGUUCGACUCCCGUCCCUGCUUCCAGCUGAGGUGGUUCUGGCUGUCACGCUGAAAUGAACCGCCAGCUCUCUUCCGUCUACCAUGGCCACCCUUAACUCAUCCUCUACUGCCACCACCAUCACCCCCUCCCCUGGGCACCAUGCCCCGACCCCGCCUCCGGACACCUCCUCUCCCAGCACCCCAUAUGACCCUGUCACCAAAGAUGCCCCUGACAUCCCUGCUGCCUCUGAGAGCAUGAGGCCCUCAGAGCCAGGGGGAUGGCCCCUGGAGUCGGGCUGUGGCCUCAUCCCACCAAAGGAUCUGGGGGUGCCAGAGGACAAGGAGCAGGAGGAGGGGGAUGCAGGCCUCGCUCCCAUGGACCUGAGCAACCAUUUACUCUUCACCACCACCGGCGAGGCCUGCCUCGUGGCCCAGCUGCCUCUUCCAGGCAGCUGCCACCUCCUGUUACCAAAGGGCUUUCCCCGGGGGGAGGUGGGCAGUAAGGAAGAGCCCAACCCACCUCUCCUUGCCCACCUGCCCCACGCCCCCCUCACUGCCCUUCAUAUCCAACAUGGCUUUGACCCAAUGCAAGGCUUUAUUAGCUCUUCUGACCAAAUUCUGUCCCAGGAUACCUCAGCGCCAUCUCCGGCCGCCUGUGAGGGAAGGGAUGGAGCCUUCUGGAGCUACCAGCUGGUUCCCAGCCCACCCGGAGAUCCCAAAGACGGCCCCAUAGGGCGCAGCGAGGGGGACCACAGGGUGCUCUUCUGGCUCUGCCUCCUCUGCCGCUUGGGGUUCAGCAGGCCCCAGGCCUUUGUGGGUCACAUGCAGUCUCAUGGGGUGCAACUGAGCUCUGCUCAGCAUCAGAGCCUGCUGGGCCACCCAGCUGUGCUCCAGGAUGGAGGCAAGGGCUGCAGGGCCCUGCUAAACUUUCUGGAACCAAAAUCACCUGCUCAGCCUGCUUUCAAUGUGCCCCUCGAGGGUGGCGACACAGCAAAGAGGCCAGAGGAGGUGAAUGUAGCUCAGAGCCAGGACGGUGGCCCCGAGGCCAAUGCCCAGGCCCUUGGCCUGCCCAGGGAAGAAGUCCUGGCUCUCAGUCCUCCUUCCCCAGCCCCCACCCCCUGGAACCCCAGCCCCCCCCAAGCCAAAGAAUCACCAAUGGCAACAGGUGAGGCAGGGCCAGAUUGGAUCCCCGAGGGGCAAGACGAGGAGGGAGGGCUCUGCCCCCCGCUCAACCAAAGCUCACCCACCUCCAAGGAGGGGGGAACCCUCCCGGAAGACCUUGGUGACCCACCCCCGUCCUACCGCCUCACCGACGACUAUGCCCCCGCCCCGGCCACCUUCCAGGGUCUCAGUCUGUCCAGCCACAUGUCCCUGCUGCACUCCCGCAACUCCUGCAAGACUCUCAAGUGUCCCAAGUGCAACUGGCACUACAAGUACCAGCAGACCCUGGACGUGCACAUGCGGGAGAAGCACCCCGAGAGCAACAGCCACUGCAGCUACUGCAGCGCGGGAGGUGCUCACCCUCGCCUGGCCCGCGGUGAGAGCUACAACUGCGGCUACAAGCCCUACCGCUGCGAUGUGUGCAACUACUCCACCACCACCAAGGGCAACCUCAGCAUCCACAUGCAGUCUGACAAGCACCUGGCCAACCUACAGGGCUUCCAGGCAGGCCCUGGUGGCCAGGGCAGCCCUCCAGAAGCUAGCCUACCACCUGCUGCUGCCGUCGACAAGGAGCCCAAGGCCAAAUCUUCUUGGCAGUGCAAGGUGUGCAGUUAUGAGACCAACAUCUCCCGCAACCUCCGCAUCCACAUGACCUCCGAGAAGCACAUGCAGAAUGUACUCCUGCUGCACCAGGGGCUGCCCCUUGGGCUACCACCAGGGCUGGUGGGGCCUGGGCCCCCACCCCCUGCGGGGACAGCCCCCACCACUCCCCCCGACCUCUUCCAGUACUUCGGACCACAGGCUCUGGGGCCACCUCAGGCCCCCAUGCCUGGUCCUGGGCUGAGGCCAGACAAGCCCCUGGAAGCCCAGCUACUCCUCAAUGGCUUCCACCACCUGGGAGGUCCUGCGCGGAAGUUCUCCACGCCACCGGCCCCUGGCAGCCUCUCCCCAGACACCCAUCUGCCUCCAAGCCAGCUCCUGGGCUCCCUGGCUGAAGGCCUGCCCACCUCACCACCCCCGGAGGAUGCUGGUGCCCUGAAGGUGUUCCGGUGCCUGGUGUGCCAGGCCUUCAGCACAGACAGCCUGGAGCUGCUGCUAUACCACUGCAGCAUGGGCCGCAGCCUGCCCGAGGCCGAGUGGAAAGAAGUAACUGGAGACACACACCGUUGUAAGCUCUGCUGCUAUGGCACCCAGCUCAAGGCCAACUUCCAGCUGCACCUCAAAACCGACAAACAUGCCCAGAAGUACCAGCUGGCAGCCCACCUGAGGGAAGGGGGCGGGGCUGUGGGUACCCCUGUGCCUGCGCCCCUGGGAGAUGGGGCUCCAUAUGGGUCCAUCCCACCCCUGCACCUGCGCUGCAACAUCUGUGACUUUGAGUCCAAUAGCAAGGAGAAGAUGCAGUUGCACGCCCGUGGGGCGGCCCAUGAGGAGAACAGCCAGGUGUACAAGUUUCUGCUGGAGCUGGAGGGGGCGGCAGCUGAGCCUGGGCUCUUCCGUUGCAUGCUGUGCGCCUGGGAGGCACCUUCCCGCCUGGCUGUGCUGCACCACCUGCGUGCCCCUGCACACCGCGACGCCCAGGCCCAGCGGCGGCUACAUUUGCUUCAGAAUGGCCCAGCUGCAGCCGAGGAUGGGCUCUCCAGCCUGCACAGCAUCCUGAGCUUCAGCCACGGGCAGCUGCCAACUCCUGGGAAGGUUCCUGUGACUCCCUUAGCAGAGCCCCCCAACCCUGAGAAAAACACCCAGAACAAGACUGAACCAUCGGCUCCUGAAGACUUGGAGGAGAAGGCCGGGCCUCUAGGAGACAAUGCCAGCCAAACCACGGUGUACUGCUGUCCCUAUUGUAGCUUCCUGAGCCCAGAGUGUGAGCAGGUGAGAGCUCAUGCCCUCUCCCAGCAUGCAGUACAGCCUAAGUACAGAUGCCCACUGUGCCAGGAGCAGCUGGUGGGCCGGCCCGCCCUGCACUUCCACCUUAGCCAUCUGCACAAUGUGGUGCCCGAGUGCGUGGAGAAGCUGCUGAUAGUGGCCACAACUGUAGAGAUGACCUUUUCAACUAAAGUCCUGCCAGCGCCCAGUACAAGUGCUCAGGCAGAGAAUCCAGAACCCCCAAUUCCUGGACUGGAACCCGGGCCCAGCAGAGACCAGGCCACAGAAGACCCUCACCUCACCCCAGAGGCCAGUCCUCGGGCUCUUCCUGAGCCUCCCCAACCAGCAGCAGAGGCCUCAGACAAGCCCUCGGGGAGCCCUGAGCAACCCCCUUCUCCAGCCCCCUCUCCGGCACCUCAACCCGAUAUCCCAGCUGAGGAAACAGCCCCAGGACUGCCCACAACUGAGGAGGAAGAUGGGCCCAUUGGGGAGUCCCGCCCUGCAGAGCCUGUGCCCACAGACACCCGCCACCCCUUGACCUAUCGGAAAACCACCAACUUUGCCCUGGACAAGUUCCUGGAUCCCGCGCGGCCCUACAAGUGCACGAUAUGCAAGGAGUCCUUCACACAGAAAAACAUCCUGCUGGUACACUACAACUCUGUCUCCCAUCUGCACAAGAUGAAGAAGGCAGCCGUGGACCCGGCUGGCCCUGCCCGCGGAGAGGUCACGCCUGCUGCUGCUGCUGCCACAGACAAGCCCUUCAAAUGCACGGUCUGCCGUGUGUCCUACAACCAGAGCUCCACCCUGGAAAUCCACAUGCGCUCUGUGUUGCACCAGACCCGUUCCCGGGGGACCAGGCCUGACCCCAAAGCCGAUGGGCUGGAGCGUGGCCUAGAAGACGCCAAGGAAGGAGAGACAGAGGGGGAAGUUUGUCUGGAGAGGAAGGGCCCUGACUCAGGGGGCUUUGUGUCCGGCUUGCCUUUCCUGUCCCCACCUCCCCCUCCCUUGGACCUGCACCGGUUCCCAGCCCCCCUCUUCACUCCACCUGUGUUGCCUCCCUUCCCACUGGUGCCCGAGUCCCUCCUGAAGCUCCAACAGCAGCAGGUGCUCCUGCCCUUCUACCUCCAUGACCUCAAGGUGGCGCCCAAACUGGCACUGGCAGGGCCCACACCCCUGCUGUCCCUGCCUGCUGCCACCCCCCCACCGCCGCCCCCAGCCCCAAAGUCUGAGCUGGCUGAGAGGGAGUGGGAGCGGCCCCCCACAACCCAAGAGGGGAACGAGGCAGGGCCCAGCUCCCCCACCAACCCAGCACCCAACGAAGUAGCCCGCACAGCCGCCAAAGCCCUUCUGGAAAACUUUGGGUUUGAGUUGGUGAUCCAGUACAAUGAAGGGAAGCAGGCCGCACCCCCUCCCCCAACCCCGCCACCCCCAGAGACCCUGAGCAGCAGUGGCAGUGAUAAGCUGGCUUGCGGGACAUGCGGGAAGCUCUUCUCCAACAUGCUUAUCCUCAAGACACACGAGGAACACGUGCACCGCCGCUUUCUGCCCUUUGAGGCCUUGAGCCGGUAUGCGGCCCAGUUCCGAAAGAGCUAUGACAGCCUGUACCCACGCCCUGUUGAGCCCCCCAGGCCCCCUGAGGAUGCUCUGGAUUCACCCGCUCCCCAAGGGGGCCCACCGUUCCUGGUGGCUGACUGUGAGGUGGGGGGUGCCCGGGCCCCCGAGGAGCACAGUCGAGCUGGACGAUGGCCCCCAGAGGAGGAAGAAGGCUCCAGAGGGAAUCUUGCCCCACUCCUGCCUGCUGGCCGCCGGUUCUCCAGAACCAAGUUCACAGAAUUCCAGACCCAGGCACUCCAGUCCUUCUUUGAGACGAGUGCCUACCCCAAGGACGGAGAGGUGGAGCGCCUCGCCAGUCUUCUGGGCUUAGCCAGCCGGGUGGUGGUCGUGUGGUUCCAGAAUGCUCGCCAGAAAGCCCGUAAACAGGCCAGUGAGGGGGGGCCUGUGCCCCCAGGAGGGGGUCCCGGAGGCCCCUCGGGCUGCAGGCGCUGCCAUGCCUCCUUUUCCUGUGUCUUCGAGUUGGUGAGGCACCUCAAGAAAUGCUAUGAUGACCAGCCUCCAGAAGAGGAGGAGGAAGAGGCUGAUCGAGGGGAAGAGGAGGAAGACGUAGAAGAGGAGGACGCAGAUGAGGAGCAGGGCCUAGAGCCCCCACCAGGGCCCGAGCACUCGUCUCCAGAACUUCCUGACAGAGAAGAGCUGAACCAGGUAGAGUCUGCCAAACCAGGUGGCAGAGAGCCUGAAGGCCAUGCAGUAACCUCUCCAGCCCCCACGCACACCUGUGACCAGUGCACUACGGCUUUCCCCAGUCAAGACCUCUUAGCUGCUCACCGCCGGCUCCACUUCCUAACAGCCGUGCAGCCCAGUGGGGGCCCCCACCUCUUAGACCUGCCUUUGCUGGUGUUUGGGGAGCGAAACCCCCUGGUGACAGGCGCGCCACCAGUCCUGGGGCCACCCCUCAAACGGAAGCAUGAGGAUGGCAGCCUGUCCCCCACAGGCAGUGAGGCCGGGGGUGGCGGGGAGGGCGAGCCCCCCAGGGACAAGCGGUUGCGCACCACCAUCCUUCCCGAGCAGCUGGAGAUCCUUUACCGCUGGUACAUGCAGGACUCCAACCCCACACGCAAGAUGCUCGACUGCAUCUCCGAGGAGGUGGGGCUCAAGAAGCGUGUGGUACAGGUCUGGUUCCAGAACACCAGGGCCCGGGAGCGAAAAGGCCAGUUCCGGGGCACCCCGGGGGCUGUACCCAAUCCCCCAGCUAAGCCUCCUGGCACCCCCACCCCAGCCACCGCCCCUUUCCCCAAGUUCAAUCUCUUGCUGGGUAAGGUGGAAGACAGCCCUGGGAGGGAAGUCCCGAAGCGGGAAGCACCUGCUUUUCCGUACCCUCCAGUGAGCCCUGCUGCUGUCCCACUGCCCUUCCUGCCACUUGCAAAAGAGGCCAGCGCCCCCACACCAGAGCCUCCCCCACCUCUCCCUCUCCCGCCUGUCCCAGCCCCUAGUGAGGAUGAGGGUCCCGAUGAACCUUCCAAAGCGUCUCCUGAAAGUGAGGCCUGCAGCCCGUGUGCCGGGGAUCUCAGUGAUUCAUCCGCUUCCAGCCUGGCAGAGCCCGAGUCCCCAGGGGCAGCAGGGACGAGCGGGGCAGUGGGGGGUGGAGGGGCAGUUCCCGAUGGCAUGGGGCAGCGGCGCUACCGGACCCAGAUGAGCAGCCUGCAGUUGAAGAUAAUGAAGGCCUGCUACGAGGCCUACCGCACGCCUACCAUGCAGGAGUGUGAGGUGCUGGGGGAAGAGAUCGGACUGCCCAAGAGAGUCAUCCAGGUGUGGUUCCAGAAUGCCCGGGCCAAGGAGAAGAAGGCCAAGAUGCAAGGGGCUGCUGCAGGGGGAGCCACCGGUGGGAGCGAGGGCCCCCCAGGAGCCCAGCGCGCUGACUGUCCCUACUGCGACGUCAAGUACGAUUUCUACGUGUCCUGUCGAGGCCACCUCUUCUCCCGCCAGCACCUGGCCAAGCUCAAGGAGGCCGUCCGCGCCCAGCUGAAGAAUGAGAGCAAGUGCUACGACUUGGCCCCUGCUCCCGAGGUUCCCCCUGCUCCCAAGGCCCCACCUGCCACAGCGCCUGCUUCUCUGCCGCUGGGGGCUUCUCCAGCUUUGCCUCGUCUGGCCCCCGUUCUCUUGUCGGGUCCAGCUCUGGCCCAGCCUCCACUGGGUAGCUUGGCUCCUUUCAGUUCAGGCCCGGCAGCCUCCUCAGGCCUCCUCGGCCUUGCCACAUCGGUCCUACCCGCUACUACAGUGGUCCAGACUGGCCCAGGUUGCCCCUUACCUCAGAGACCCGUGCCCGACCAGGCCAACCCCCCCACUGCAGGCCCCCCUGACUCUGCCCCGGGCCCUCCCACCGAGCCCUCUGGGGACAAGGGCUCUGGUGAGCGGAAGCCAGUGACAGCCCCCACCAGCUCCUCCACUGAAGCCCUCAAGAACCUCAAGGCAUUAAAGGCCACUGUCCCCGCCCUGUUGGGGGGCCAGUUCCUGCCCUUCCCCUUGCCCCCCGCAGGGGGGGCCACCCCCCCAGCUGUCUUUGGCCCCCAGUUACAGGGGGCCUACUUCCAACAGCUCUAUGGCAUGAAGAAGGGGCUAUUCCCCAUGAAUCCCGUGAUACCUCAGACCCUCAUCGGACUGCUCCCCAACACUCUGCUGCAGCCUCUCCCCCAGACCCCCGAGCCCACAGCCACCACACCCCCAAAGCCUCCUGAACUGCCCGCGCUGGGGGAGGGGGAGUCUGACGAGCUGCUGCUGGGCAGCACGGGCAUCUCCACCGUGGAUGUGACCCACCGCUACCUGUGCCGCCAGUGCAAGAUGGCAUUCGACGGGGAGGCGCCAGCCGCUGCCCACCAGAGAUCCUUCUGCUUCUUUGGGCGGGGCUCCGGGGGGGCCAUGCCUGCCCCGCUGCGGGUGCCUGUCUGUACCUACCACUGCCUGGCUUGUGAGGUGCUGCUGAGCGGCCGUGAGGCCCUGGCCUCCCACCUGCGCUCUUCGGCCCACAGGCGCAAGGCGGCCCCGCCUCCAGGAGGUCCCCCCAUCACUGUCACCAACGCUGCCACAGCCGCCACGGCGGCCGUGGCUUUUGCCAAAGAGGAAGCAAGAUUACCUCACACGGACUCCAACCCAAAAACUACUACUACCUCUACACUUCUAGCUUUAUAAACAGAUAAACCAAGAUGUGGGGAGCUGCAGGAGGGGCGGGCUCAGGGCCCCCUCCCUGACUGGAGAGGGUCUUGGGAGUCCAAAUCCCUCCUCUCAACCCUCGGCUCUGCCCACUUCACCCUAGCGGGCUUCACACACACCCACCUCCAGCAGCGUCCUGCCACCUCCCCCUUCUGGCCCCAGACUCAGCCUCCUCAUGACUCCAGGCCCUAGUGCUCCCCCUGUUCCCCUGCCACCCAGUCAGGGCCACUUUGCCCUGAUGCCCAAACUCCUCUUGGUUGCAUUUCCCAUUACCCCUUUCCCUGAAUUCCCAGUCACCCUAGCUCCUACCCACAGACACGCAAACACCUGUUAUCCCAUGCUAUCCACUGACUGAGAAAACACCAAAAAAAAAAAAAAAAGAAAAGAAAGAAAAGAGGAAUAAAAAAAAAAAGAAAAACAAGAAAGACAAAGAGGGAAGAAAAUAAGCAUUGCCACUUCCCUUUCUCCUUCCACGCCCUUGCCCAGAGCACCAUGCUGCUCAAACUGUACAAAUAACCAAGAUGGCGCCCAAGGCGGGGGCCUGGGAUGGGCAGGGAGCCCAUGGAACUCAAACCAAAAUGGAGGUUGACAGGCGGAAUUUGCUCCCCACUCUUCCUGAGCCCCCCUCAUGUAGGGAGUUCCUGCGGCCUGGACUCUAGGGAAGCCGCCGCCCAGAACUCCCCUGCUGCCAACCCUCAUCCUACACCCUGGAAACUGCAGUAACUUAUUCGCAAAGGCUUUAAACACAAAGAUCCUCUCAGCAGCCGUGGGCCUGCCAGGUGGGGGUCCAGCUCCUGGGACCGGCACUGCCCAUCAACGGCAAAUCCAAAGUUCUUAUAAAAAAAAAAAAAAAAGAAAAAAUGUCCAACCCACCUGAAACACACACAACCAAAAAUUUUUAAAAAAGCAAACCUCGAGAGCAAGUGAGUGAGGGCGCGUGCACAUUCACACAGGAGAGAUGGAAAGACCAGAGGAAUGAACUAAAGAAAAACAAACUUGGAAUAAAAAAACUCACCUGAAAAUCUCA